AUGGCUGUUGGCGCUGACCCUGCUUGUCCCAGCACCGUGUUUUUCCGCUUGGACGAGCAGGACGCCCAGCUUCCGGAAACGCGGCCAGACGGACUUAUCAUUAAUGCUUGUGACAGUGAGUCGCAAGUUGAGCCGGACGAGUUGGAGGUCCAUAAAGCGAAGCUCGAGGAAGCAAAGAGCCGUCAGCAAGUGACGGACCAUUCCGUCACGGAGCUGCUGGAGAAGCUGAACCAGCUUCCGGGAGUUUCAAGUCGCAAGCACAUCUCCUUGCAGACGCCAAGUCCAUCGGGCCGGGUAGAGGAACGGCAUUCUGGCGUCUCCGAAGGGACCACCAGCGCGCUCCAGGAGGCAGCAGGACAGCAGGAUGCCGAGGAUGCUGAGGUGCCGAAGAGCAAGUGUUGUGAAUGGCAGCUGCAGUCGGGCCUGUCGGGCCUCCCGCGCUUGCCGGGUUCGGUGCAAGAAGAAAGCAUCGAAAGCCCCUCUCGCCGAUUUCAGCGAGCAGUUCGCCAAGUAGUACGAGGAAAUAGACAAGGCACCAGCUCCCUGAAGGAUGGAAAGGGCCAAGCUCCCUGCUUCGCGGCCGUCGUGGCCGCUGCUGUGGCAGCCAGGAAUGCCCAACAAGCUGGUGCUCAAGUUUUCCACACGCCCAGGGAAAAGACAGAAGAAGCCGAGACAUUGAAGGCGAGCAGAGAAGAUCUUGGCUCUCUCGCCGGGAAUGUCACGAGCGCAAGCUUGGAAUUCCACACUCCGAGGGGCUCCCUGACGCCUGUUACCACCCCUCGCGCAUCUGGGGGACCUCAGGCGAGGGUUUCCCUUGGAGGUGUUGCAAGCCCCAUGGCCAGCGCCUCGCCCUCCGUGAGCAGAGCGGCGUCUCCGGAGUGGACGCAGAGAGGUUUAGCAGACCGGAGCUUGUCUCCAAGGACGCCCCGAGCUUCAUCAUUGAGCGGCAGUCCAGCAAAUGGAUCGCUGCUGGGAGAAAGUAAGAAGAGGGGUCUCCCUGGAAGUGCCCCCUUCGCCGCCUUCGGCCUUGCGAUGCCACGGGACAAGGACUCGGCCCAAGCCGAGAUCGAAGUUUUCUCCAAGUCGCUCAACGCUUGGGUGCCUGGAAAAGUGUGGCUCUUUGCUUCUGCGGGGAAGAUUACAGUCACGUACACAGUCAACGGCCACAGAUGCCGGAAGCAUCUUUACCCGUGGACGCAGCAGAUUCGUUCUGUUGGGGAGAUGGAUCCUGAUUGUGCUGUGCUUGACAUGGAGGACAUGCAGCAGGAAGUGGAAGUUGUGGGCGACAUGCUGCCGAGUUGGGGCGAGGAGGCUGACCCGGAGUUCAGUUUCACCCACCUUUGGGAUGCCCUCUUCUGUGAGAUGCCGAUGAACGCAACAUUAAAGAACGCCAUGCAGGCGGCGGCCCAGAAGCAGGAGCAAUACUGCAGCGCCCGAACACAUGAGGCCUCGGCGGCCUACGCGGAGGCCCAGCUCGCUGAAGCGGAGGAGUGCUAUGCAGAGUCCGGCGAGCUUUUCGAGGACAUGCAGGAUGCGGACUUCCAGCAGAGCAUCGGCAGCUUCAUCCGCCUGGUGUUGCACAUGGAGGCUCCAAGCCUCAGGCUUUGGUGUGACAGGCCCAUGGCGCUUGACGUGGUUCAGGGUCGCGAGUCUCCCAAUUGCGGGCUUCUUGUGGCCAUGGCAGCCAUCGCGGACCAUCAUGAUGGCUACUUGGUGCGUCAGCUCUUCCCACAAUUUCAAGAUGAGGGUCAUGAGGAUCCCCCCUUGAACCCAUCUGGCUGCUACGUGGUCUCCCUGUUCCUACACACGAAGAAUUCGAACCUUGAUAGAUUCAAGAAGCAUCACCCGAGUCUAAAGAGUGGCCAGGACAGGAUCAUACUGGACACCACGUCAAGAUCGGAGACGCUGACUAAAGGCUCCUGGCGCAGCAUCGUGGUCGACGAUCGGCUUCCCAUAGACAGCAUGGGGAGGCUGGAGAAUUGCCAGUUUUCCAAGAACAAGGUGUGGCCGUGCCUUCUCGAGAAGGCCUUUGCAAAAGUAUGUGGAAGCUAUGCCGACACCUCUUACGUCAAACUGGCCGAUGCGCUGGUCAUGUUGACAGGCCAGAGCACUUUCCAAAUUGAUCUCACCGAGCUUUUCCCCAAAGAGAAGCGCCAGCUUUGGAAGGAUUUGAGCGAGUACCAGAGAUCAGGCAUCUUGAUGACGGCGGCCAUCUACGAUCUCUCGCCGUCAUUCUUUGGUGACACUGGCUCCAUGACUAAGACUGGCCUGCAGAGAAAUCAUGCCUACACCGUUCUGGAAACCAUGUCAAUCAUUCUGGACUUGACUGGUGAAGUGUUGUCGCUGGUUAAGCUUCGCGUGCGAGGACGUCGACAAGGCAUUUCAGAAGAAGCGCCUGUGGAGGAAGCAUGGCAUGGAUGGACGUUGGAGUGCACGCCAGGUGGACGUUUCUUCCAUCACCACGUGGCCUCGGGCACCACCCAGUGGGAGACACCUCCGGAGCUGAUAGACGUGCUGGGAGAGUGGCGCGAGGUGGGAGAUCCAGGUGCCAGGUACUGGCACAAUGCCAAGCUGGAAACCAGCUGCUGGAAGGACCCGCGAAACUGCGGCAGCAUACACGAGGCUGCCCUGGACGGAAACAUGGCCUACUUGCUCCUCUAUGCUAUGGCCAAGGGCUUCGUCGACGCCGUGAAUCUCAAG